AUGAUGAUGUCUCAGCAUGCUGUGGAGCUCUGUACGCUCCUCAUCGAGGAUCACUUCGGAGAGCUGUUUGCACGCAUCUUUUCGACUCUUCAACGCUAUGAACGGCUCUCUCUUCCUCGAUUAAAAUUCUAUUCUCGCUUGACUGAUCGUCAGUUGCGCCAUGGCUUGACGGCCAUGAUUCAGCAUCAUCUCAUCUACUAUUUCACCUCCCUCGAAGAUAACAAUACCUACUAUGAAUCAAACCCCGAUGCCGCAUACUACCUCGUUCGCUCGGGUAAGAUUCUCCACUUGGUGGAAGACCGACUUGGGCCAUAUGCUGCCCGAGUCAUGGAAGCAAUCCUCUUCCUCGGUCAUGCAUCUGUCAGCCACCUUGAAACUCUUCCCGAACUUCAGUCAUUAACACCCAUUCACCAAAAUGGGAUUGCAAAUGGCAACGAAGAAAAGCAGGAGGACGAUAUGGAGUUUGAGAAUACGUCUGGCGAAACCAAUGGAGAUCAUGUUCCAGAACACAAACCCGCUCCUUUCCAUGCCACCCUCAAAGCUCUCGCAUCUCAUGGAUACUUGAUGCGUGUUCGAGACGCUCACUUCCAGAGUCCCUCCGACAAUAUACUUGAGGCACAACGCACUGUGUCUGCUCGUGCGGAUAUCAAAGCUUUGAAGGGGAAAAGACAACAAGAGACGAUUGCGCUUGAGAUACAGAAUCUAGUACACAAUCGGACCCAUGCUGACCUUUCCGAGGGACUUAUGGUUAAUGGUCUUCCUCGAGGAAUCAAAAGAAAAUUCAGACGCAAUGCCCUGAACUCUGCAAAUGGAGAGCGGUUAGAAAAUGGAGGCAAUGAGCAUCAAACGGCGAACGAGCAGGACGAUCACUGGUCAGAAAAUGAAGACGAAUUCGAUAAUACCCCUAUGGAUUCUGAACAGGUCGUGCGCGUUAACUAUGAAAAGUUGGAUGUGGCAUUGCGAAACGCCAGAUUUGUUGGUCUUGCCGAACAGGAUGCACCCCGAGCAACUGCAGAGGUAUAUGACUGCCUUCUUCGCCGUGUUGAAUACAUCACCCUUCGAUGCCGAGAUUCAACCGACAUCCCCCGUGAGCGCGAAGAGGGAGAGCAAUGGACUGUCCCCAUCGACGCAGAAAAAAUAGUAGGGGAUAUUGAUCCCAAUCUAGAUUUGUCAGGAGCCUUUGCACCCUUGGAGUCAUCAUCAAAGGUGGUAAAUCGAGGCGGGAAGCGACCCUUGGAAAAUGGGGUCAACGGUGAUCAUGAAGGCUCCGACAACGAUGAGUCUAGUGGACCGAAUCGAGCCUGGGAAAUUAAUCAACACCUUCAACUUCUUUCACAGCCUCCUCACAAUCUCACAUCGUGUGUUGAACUAUAUGGAGUUCCCAAGUGGCGGAUUGGAUUCCGUGGCUUGGCUCGCAAAUUACGGCAUCUGGAGCUGGAACGGAUGAUUGAAUCCAGGUAUGGUGAUGUUGCCAUCCGCGUCAUUCGUGUGCUUCAUGCCAAGGGGAAACUAGAUGAGAAGCGACUGCAGGAAAUCAGCCUGCUUCCCUUCAAAGAUCUGCGGCAAACGCUUUCUAGCAUGCAAUCAGGUGGAUUUGUGGAUUUACAGGAAGUUCCCAAGGAUGCACAACGCCAACCUUCCAAGACCAUCUUCCUAUGGUAUUAUGACCCAGACCGUGUGUGCAGCUGUAUUUUGGAGGACACAUACAAGGCUAUGUCGCGGACUCUGCAGCGCAUCAAAUUUGAGCGAGGUCGGCUUAAGGAUUUCCUUGAGAAGACCGAGCGUAGUGAUGUCAAGGGUCAUGAGGAGGAGUACCUCACUGAAGAGGAGUUGGAACUCUUGCAACGAUGGAAAGAUAAGGAAGCCUUAUUGUUGGCUGAAGUGGCUCGCUUAGAUGAUAUGGUAGCGGUGUUCCGUGACUAUUGA